GGCCGGGAACCGCGACAGGGCCCUGCGCUUCCUCCGCAAGGCCCAGAAGCUCUACCCCUCCGACCACGCCCGAGUGGUGUCGUCGAUUUGGAGAAUCCCGAUAGGAUUUUGCUUCACCGCGGGCUCUGUCGGCGUUUAGGAGCCAAUGAGCCGCUUGCCUUCGUGCGACCCGAUUGUUAAACUGCCGACAUCCCGUCUGGCCACCGCGUUUCCGGCCGACAGAGCCAGGGACGAGUCGGAUGAGAGGCGACCCAGCCGAAACCCGGCGGGGAGGACAACCCACGUCCCAGUGGCGAGUCCCCUCGAGACGCUUGAGUCAGUCAGUGUGCUGUUGGAAGCGAUCGUGAAAAACGGAAGCGCGGCCGGGAACGGCCCGUACUGCCGGAAGCCGGGCGGCGCCGGGGAGCGGAGCAGGCCCGGCGGGCCCCAGGAUCGCCCGCCCGCCGGCCCCGAGAGUGGAAAGGGCUACUCCAAAGACCAGGUGGAAGGAGUCCUCAGCAUAAACAGAUGUAAAAAUUACUACGAAGUACUUGGAGUCCCCAAAGACGCUGGCGAUGAAGACCUGAAGAAAGCCUACAGAAAACUGGCUCUGAAAUUUCAUCCGGACAAAAACCACGCCCCUGGAGCAACAGAUGCUUUUAAAAAGAUCGGCAACGCUUACGGCGUCCUGAGCAAUCCGGAAAAACGAAAGCAGUACGACCUGACGGGCAGCGAAGAGCCGGCCUGCAGCCACCCGAACAACGGGCGGUUUAACUUCCACAGAGGCUGCGAAGCCGACAUAACUCCGGAAGACUUGUUCAACAUAUUUUUCGGCGGCGGAUUUCCCUCAGGUAGCGUCCAUUCCUUCUCCAACGGGCGAGCCGGGUACAGUCAGCAACAGCAGCAGCACCGACACAGCGGACACGAAAGAGAAGAAGAAAGAGGCGACGGAGGCUUCUCGGCGUUCAUCCAGUUGCUGCCCAUUAUCGUAUUGAUCCUCGUCUCUCUGUUGAGCCAGCUGAUGGUCUCUAAUCCUCCUUAUUCUUUAUAUCCCAGAUCUGGUUCAGGACAAACCAUUAAAAUGAGGACAGCCAACUUGGGCGUCGUGUAUUAUGUCAGCAAAGAAUUUAAAAGCGAAUACAAAGGAACAUUGCUACAGAAAGUGGAAAAGAGUGUGGAAGAGGAUUAUUUGACUAACAUUCGAAAUAACUGUUGGAAGGAAAGACAGCAAAAAACAGACAUGCAGUACGCGGCCAAGGUCUAUCGCGAUGAACAGCUGCGACAGAAAGCGGAAUCCCUGAGCAUGGACAACUGCAAAGAACUAGAACGGCUCACGAGUAUCUUCAGGGGAGGAUGAGAGGAGAAACGCCAGUUUCCGCCGUGCGACCCCUUUCAGGAAGGUCUUGGUCAACCGUAGUCGGCCAAGGAACUUCACUUUGCUCCUUCACAGAACAGUCAGCUUAGCUUUCUUAUCACCAACCGAUCCGGUUGCCUUUAAGCGCGUCUAGAAAAUACCCGCCGAUGAGGAAUUCCGGAUUACGGCGACAUGGAAGAAGAGUAGAUUUGCAAAGGGAACAAAAAAUCCGCCUUUGAAAUUCUAACGCCAUCCAAUCUCUAAGAAAGAAUGUUUCGAGAUCGUUUAGUCUCUUGGAGAAAUGUGCAUCUGCUUCAGUUCUCUGAGGGCAAAAUCUAGAAUUCAGCUUAACGAACGUCUCCGGUUUAUUUCCAGAUGAAGCUAGACUCUUUUCUCGACCCUAAAACUGUUUUCUUGACACUCGUUAAAUCCACAGCCUACUCCUUAUAUUAAGGACCGUGUAACCCUGGUUUUCAUCAAUUCUCUUCGCAUGCGUAACUUCAUCGAUCAGUACAUGAUUUCUUUGCGUCGAAUACUAAUGUUUGCUGGUCUCGUGGCCACUGGAUAUGUGAAUAAUGUGUGUAUGUGUAGGUGUAUAUAUACAUACAUAUAUAUAUAUAUAUUUUUCAUCUAAUACCUCAAACUUGUGAUUGGCUAAUAUCUAUAUAUAUAUAUAUACACUACAGUAUGUUUGCACAGAGCAGGGCUUCCUUUAGCCGGAGGUGGUCUUGGUUCCCAGAGGUCUGACGGUGUGAAUUCCAAGUCUUUUAAAUGGCUUGAUUUCCGGGAAAUGAUGUUGUAGACGCUCCCAGGAGUCCCGAAAGCUUUACGGGUAAGCGGCGUAGCUCUAAAUUUCUGAACUGAAUAGCUUAAAUGGAUUAUUCCCCUUUUUAAAUGAAAUUCUGGCCUCCGCAUUUAAUGUUUAAAGAAAAAAAAAACCCAAAUCUUCAUUUGGAUACCCCCGUUGUUGUCUUCAACCUUCCCUUAAAAACCAGCGAACUAACGGACCGCAGCCCGUGGACCUGGGAGUAGUCAGCGAUCUGCUAAUCCAACCGGGAGCCUCGAAGGCCUCUGUGAAUUAAAACCCCACCGACGGUUCAUAUCGAGAAAUGCUUCUUCCCAGCUAACAGCUUUUUUAGAUUAUGAGGCAUGGUGAAAUCCCCACCGGCGCAAUGUUCAGCUCGUCCGCUUGGAGACUUGCAGGUGAUUUCAAGAUAUGUAAAGUAUUUUAGAGCUUAACGGAAGCCUUGUGAAGGAUAUCCGAUGAAAUGAAGCUGGCAUCCUAAAGGAGAUCUUAUUUUGUUUAUCUCUAUAGUGCAUUCAAGAUUUAAAGUUUAGGUUUAACAGAACAAGCCCCGUCUGAUUUGUAAUAUAUUUAAUGUAAUAUCAAACUUAUAUCAAAAUAAAAUUAUUUUCAGUGUGAGAA